GGGCGUCAUUUCUGUGUUUAUGCCCUGCUCAGGUCCUACGUCGAUGGUUUGGCCCUUGUCAUGGGUGUUUUCCUCCCUGGAUCUCCUCAACUAUGCUUUCAACACCUCAUUUUCCUACCUAAAUGCCUUUUCUUUGAAGGUCCAACUCCAUCAGAAGGCUACCCAGUAGCUCAUGUCGGUAGCCACCCUAUGGACAGCUUGUCAGUCAACUGGUUGGCGGUGGACAGGUGA